AUGGUGGACGGAGUCAGGGAGGAGGGCACAACAGCAUCCUCAACCGCUCUCGGGCACGAGCGGAUACUCUUGGAUUUGGAUACGGACUGGAGCAGUACGCCGCCUAUCAACCGUCUGCCUACGGAACUCCUCGUUUGCAUUUUCGCCACCUGCUUCCAACCCACACGCCCCUCCGUGCAGCCGCCGAAACGAACCCACAGGCGGCGCAAGGUGCUCCUCCUCGUCUGUCGGGCGUGGCGCGAUGUCAUCGAGUCUGCGCCUGAUCUAUGGACUUUCAUCACCCCACACAUGCCCGCGCGACUAUUCAAGCUCGUCCUGUCCCGCUCCAAGCAUGCCACGUUGGAUAUCUCCUUCGACCGGGAAGCAGAUUAUCGCUACUCUGGACCUCCCCCUCUUUCCCCUGAUCUCGCUCCUAUUGACCUUCCCGAGGGAAAUUCCGGUGCGGAGAUCGAUGAUGACGAUGAUGAAGACUCAGAGCCGGAAUGGCUUGUCGGCGACGAAGAGUUUUUCCCAGCGACCUGGUCAGAAACAGCUGGGACAACCAUCGCCACCGAGGCACACAGGACACGCACUCUGUCCUUGUUUUAUGACGAUGAGCGGGGCCAAUACUCUCCCCCUUUUCUCAACGCUCUUUUCCGCGGUAUAACAUGGCCCGUGCUCGACGACUUGCACGUCGAUCUCACCAGAGCGGAGUCUCCUGACGCCUGUUCCGCGAUUCUCCGCCUCACCGAAACACACUUCCCGAGACUUCAACACCUCCGCCUUUCAGCCAUGGUGUUUCCCAUCAAACCGAGGAUGUUCCCUCGGUUCCGGUCACUCCACCUCACCGGCCCUGCGACACAGUGGCCUUCCCUUCGAGAUAUCCUCAUAUGCAUCUCCUCAGCCCUUCAACUCGAGGAACUCACCCUGUGCCGUUCGAACGACAAGGAUUUGUUCCACCCGUCCCAAGACCAACACCAUGAUCUCCCGCCCGACACCUCUCUCCAUCUACCCCUCAAGCUACCUCACUUGAGAUCCUUGAGCCUUAAUGCCAACAAUAGCGACGACUUGACGUUGCUCCUCAACGCAUUUCCCCUCUCACCACUCCCGAAUGCCCUCCAUUCCUACGACCUCACUAACAAUGACUGGCACCAACCUCCCACGAACGCGGCACCACUGAGUAUCGUCGACGCGUUUUUCCCCCAUCGCGCCCCAGCAACGAUGCCCCUCCCCAUCCCUCGCUCCGUCCAGGACGUCUACCUGUGCAUGAACCAAUGGGUCGUCGAGAUCGCCGGGUGCUCCGCCAACGACCGGCACCGGGACGCGCAGGAACGCCUCUUCUUGUGGCGCGCUGCCACCCCGACGAAAGACGUCAGCAGCGUCUACACCCUCCCGCUCGCCAUCGACGAAAUCCUCACGCACUUCAGCGACCUCCCCAUCACAGGGCUCACAUUCUUCGUCCAUUCGCUGCACCCCGCCGACGGCCGGUGGCCGGAGAUCUUCCGCGCGUUCCCGCGCCUCGAAUGCAUCCGCGUCCGCAGCGAAGGCACCGUCGUCCCACUCCUGCACGCGCUCACCCCAGAACGAGCUCGGUGGCCCUGCCCUUCGCUCGAGUCGCUGACCUACGAGGUCUACCAGUCGUCCGCUCAGGACGCGCAGGAGAUAUUGCGGGCGACGUUGGACUGCUUCCGGGCGCGGGCGGAGUGCGGGUUGCCGCCGCUCCGGCACCUGGAGAUGGGCGUGAUAUUCGACGAGUCGAAGCAGGUUACGUUGGCGUACGGGGGGGAUACGAAACGAGAUAUCGCGCAGCUGCAGAAGCUGGUCUCCGGCACCGUCGGUCGCGUCACCAUCCAUCCGUCGUCUGCGCGCGGCGAAUCCAGGCCGAGGCAUCCUCCGAUCGGAAGUCGCGCGGGCGGCGGACCGGACGCUGACGACUUCCUCAUGCGUCCAUACGGCGACAACGACCCGCGUGUGCGCGGUCCUCGAUCGCCGCUGGUCGUUGUCGAACGGUCCCAGUCGACUUCGCCACCGUUGCACAUCAACGCCCAAGCCGUCGCCCACACUACCGUGCGCGGUCGCGCGCGUCCCGAGUCGCUCGGACGCGCGCCCGCCGGCCGCCCGUAUGUUGAGGUUGUGGACGACUAUUCGCCAUGGUUCGUCGUCGGGAUGUUGACGUCGAGCGUGGCCUACUCAACCUUGAGUGCGGGGUCGGUUAUCGAAGACAGUAGGGGAGCUCGGCAGCUUCCCAGGACAGCCUUCGACGAGCGCGCAGACGGCGGAAGCGGGGGCGAGGACGUGGCUUCCGCGAGGCUCAUCGUGAGCGUGUUGCGCGUCGCACCAUCCAUGUUCUUCCACGAAACCACCAGCUUCCUGAUCCAGUGA